AUGUAACAUCUGCAUGCCAAAAUGUGAACAAUUUGUCAAAGCGCUUGUGCUCAUGUUCGCAGGGCUAAAGCAUUUAUGACUGAAGCUGCACCAUGAAGGUACUUUUACUACUCACCCUGCUGACGUUAUGUCACGCCAAACCAUACACGCAUAUCAACGUCAUGGAUUUCAUCAAGCAUCAUGAUAUCAUGCAACAAGACGUGGGUGAUUUUGACGAUGACGACGACGACGACGAUGAUGUCGACGAUGACGAUUACGACAAUUAUGAUGAUAACUUUGUUUCGGACUGUCCCGAAGGGUGUCGGUGCUCAAAGAAAGUUCUGCAGUGUUCAGAUCAGGGUCUGACCAAGGUGCCAAAGGACAUUCCUGCAAACACGCUGCUCGUCGAUCUCCAAAACAAUGACAUCACAGAGAUCAAGGAAGAUGAUUUCAAAGGCCUGGAUAAUCUCUAUGCCCUGUUUCUGCUCAAUAACCAGAUAUCAAAAAUUCACCCAAAGGCCUUUCGCAACAUGAACAAACUCAAGAUUCUCCACCUGUCAUACAACCUGCUGACACAAAUGCCUGAGAACCUUCCCACGAGCAUUCAGUCCCUGCGACUGCACGACAACAAGAUCAGCCGACUUCCAAAAGGAGCAUUUAGAGGAAUGCAAGACCUAAAUGUUUUAGAACUGAGUGCAAAUCCAAUUGCAAACAGCGGGAUCGACCCAGAGGCUUUUGACGACAUGGCGACCCUCUACUUGAGAAUAGCUGAAGCGAGGCUUACAGCUAUCCCUAAAGAUCUGCCAUCCUCCCUCACUGAACUUCACUUGGACUAUAACAAGAUUGCCAAAAUAGAGUCGGAGGAUUUUUUGAGACUGAAACGUCUACAGAGGCUGUGGCUCGACUUCAAUCAGAUCAAGUCUGUGGAGAACGGAAGCCUCAAUGCCAUUUCCAAAGUCAGAGAAAUUCAUCUGGAUAACAAUAAACUGAAGAAAGUUCCCCCAGGCUUGAACAGCCUGAAAUAUCUGCAGGUGGUGUACUUACAUGCCAACAGCAUCAGUUAUGUUGGAGUAAAUGACUUUUGCCCUUUGAGAACCCGGGUUAAGAAAUCCCUCUACACUAGGAUCAGUUUAUAUGCAAACCCAGUGAAAUACUGGGAGAUCCAGCCGCCCACUUUCCGGUGCGUUUCCAGCCACAAUUCGGUGCAACUGGGUAACCACAGAAAGUGAGAGAAACUCUACCGAUGUGCACCAUGUUUCCACUAGAGGGAAGCAUUAUAACUAGACAUGAACUUCAUCCCUAAUGUAAUAAAUGAUCAUUUCAUGUCCUCAUGGUGAAGUACAGAACGUAACUUAUCCAAAAUCCAAGAGUACGCACAGUGGCUACCGACUCGUUACUUGAAUUUGGUGAGGAUUUCGAAGACUUUGAAUUCCAGUAAAGACAGAAUCAACUACACUGUGUGCAAUAGUUACAUAGGCUUUCAUUAUUAAUCGUUUACACUGAAAUCUUUUCUACUCCUUAUAAUGACAGAAGAACCAUUUUAAUUCAGAUCAGGUGCUAAAUAAAUUUCUUCCCAUGUAUUGAAGGUCUCAAUUUUUAUUUUUUUUUGCUUGGCUGUCUAGAAUCUAAGAAAAAUAAAUAAACGUACAAGGCCAGCGUGUUUAUUGUUCUACUUCUUGUAUUUUAGAGAAUGGGCAUUAUUCAUUGGUGCUUAUUAACGGUUUUAGUGAUAACAAAUCUAAUAUUGCAUGCUAGAGUUUCAUUAUAUAACUUUUUAUUCAUUGCCAGUGUUUUCUCUGAAAUAUUGGACGUAGACAUUGUCAUCAGAUCUCAGAAAUCUUACAGUUUUCACAACAGCGUCCCUGACAUUUGCGAAACUGUACCUACAGCAAGUGCUUUCUUAGCCAGCGUUGCUGUGUUAUUUGUUUCCAAUUCAGAUAUUGUUUCCUUUGAAAAAUAAAGAAAGUAUAAAACAGUA